ACAGUCGGAAAGGCCACAACAAGAGCAAAAGUCAGAGGAUCGGGAAAGUGCUUCACUAAGAGACACCAUGACAGUCUUCUGCAUGCCCGCCUUCUACAUUAUUCUUGUGACGAUAAUUGUUGGAGACUUCACAGCAGUCGAAGUCUACGGGACGCUUGUGGAUUACAGUAUCGACAAAGGCAUAGCGGCCGACAGCGCCAAGCACAUGAUCACGUUGUCCUCGGUGGGCCAGGUUGUGGGCCGCAUCGUGGCGCCGUUGGUGGCGGACUGCGUGCCUUCCACGCGCCGUCCUAUGUACUCUAUCAGCCUUGCGGUGACAUGCGCAUGCCUGAUAGCUAUGCCUCACGUGUACAGCUUUGUGGCCGUCGUUUUACUCUCCACGGUAACCGGGGUGGCGCAAGGGUACAUUUUGUGCCUCAAAUUUGUGCUCAUUGCUGAAUUCAUGGGUGUCGAAAGGACGGCGGCUUGUAGUGGCAUAAUCGGAGUCAUCACGGUGCCUUUGUAUCUGGUCAGUCCGACGUUAAUAGGAAUCUUUCGUGACUCAGGCGGUUCAUACGACGGCUACUACCGCACACUUGGAGUCAUCAGCUUAGUGGCCGCUCUCCUCUUCGCGAUGUAUGAUGCCUGCAGCCGAAUCACAGCCAAGAAGGCAAAAGCAACCACGAAGAAAAGCAGAGCGCAGUAGAACUGACUGUUUUCAAAGCAAAGUCACUAAUUAUGAAGUGGCGAUUGAUCGACGACAACCCCAGAGAUGGGGAAAGGACAAAGGUCGAGCCCUCAAUGACGGACCCUCCAUAUACUAUCAGAUGUCAUGUAAGCAUUCUAGCAUGAAUGUGUGCAAAGAUGAACAUGUCCAGCAAACGUGACAUGCUUACCUCAACGGAUAGUCAGAUGUCAUCAAGGUGGCGCAGCUGUUCCGCUCAGUAAUGACAUAACGACGAAGGAAGCAUGAUUCUGGCAAAAUCUCUCUCGGCAAUAGAUUUAUCUCUCUAUGAGCAAUACAUUUAUCAAGUUAUGCUGUAUUACAUAGCAUUACUUUCAGUUACACGACAUCUUAAAAUACAAACCACAAAGCAGUCCUGCCGGUCGUCGACUCUGCUUGAGUUACCUGAGCUUCCGUGGUGAAGCGCUCGUGCCUGUUUUCACAAUGUUCUUGAUAAACGACAGGGAGCUUUCUUUUUAUGAACAUUCCCAGCUUUCAAGCAACCCACACCAUAGAAUUUCUAGAGCAAUGACACACUGAAACCAACUAGGCAAGCUGACACGAGCCAAUAGGGGUCCAUGUUUCAAAUAGGGGUCCAGGUGAAAAAGCACGCAAGGCCUUUUAGUGCCUAAUCGUUGACCUUGGAAUAAGCUGACGCUGCAACCCAUCGCAUUCAGACCAACGGAACAUCUUUUGUGCACUGCCCCCUGUACCACGUGCCUUUAGCCAAGCAAAACAAUUGUAGAAAGAAAUGUCCUCGACAUCCUGCAAUGGGAGCUGAUACGU